AGAUCUUAAAACAUUUGACCAACUUCUUCACCUCUCCACUCCUUCGUUCACAUAUUUGAUCUGAGAGUCCAUUUGCCUGUCCUGCCUUGGAGGAGUAACAACUCAUGGAAUAUCUAAAGACUGUGGCAAGUUUACAUUUUUAAUACUUUUCUGGACUUAUUGCAUACUGCCACCAGUGGAAGCGCACCCAGGACAGGAGGGUUUUCUGGUUUGUAACUGCUUUACUUUCCUAUCCCCCCUCCUCCUCAUCGUUAUUUUGGGGGGCACAUGCAAUGUCACGGACUAUUAAAAGAAGAAAGAAAUGUUUGUGCUUAGUUUUUUGGCUACCGUGAGAAGGUGUUUUUUGAGUUUAUUUUUUUAAACCAGUUGAGCAACUGGCGACAGGACUCUAUAAUCAAUGUGGUGUCAGCUGGAAGGACGCGGGGUCCGGAUCUCACCUAAACGCUGAUACGUCUUGGGAGUGAUGCACUGGCUUCCCCUGGUUGCCAUGGUGAUUGCCUCGGCCCUGUCCUUUCCUCACAACCCUGCAUCCAGGAUUGCUGCCGCGACCCCAGAGCCUGGCUAUGACAACCGCAGAGAUCGUCAUGACCCUCCUGCUCGCCUCACAGCUCCCCCUGUGGACUACAAUUUCCAUGAAAAUGCCUCACAAACAGAUUACAACAUGGCCGCUGCUCUUAGCCAACACACCAACAGACAAAACCUCCAGAACCAUAAGGAUUAUGUGAAAUCCUCCGCAGAUGAAGAGACAUCCACGUUCAAAGUGGAGAAUCAAAGACCCUACCAAUCAAAUAGCAACUCAGGAAAUGAUGACAAAAGCAGUGUCAGUUUGGAUGUUCCCACAGAAAGAAGAACACUCAGGACCGAGGAUAUUUCCAAGGAUAAUUUUCUACCAAAGGACUACAAAGCUGACAGCAGCAGCAGGCAAGAUUACUCCAGUUUUGUGGACUUUUCCAAAAAGGAAAAUCUCCAGGACUCUACAGACGGACUGUUGCAGGUUUCUACAGCAGAAGCCCAUAAUGCUGUCAGUCCUGUUGCUAAUCUGAAGGGUCAAAGAAGACCGGAACCAACUGAUUCCCCUGAGAAGCUGGGAGAUGCGCCUACAAUCGAGACAGGAAGCCUGUGGACACCAGGGGCUGGAAGAGGUCCGGCCGAGGAGAGCUUGAACUUGGAUGCAGCGCUGGGUCUGGGGACCAGGCUGGACAGUAUCUUAGAAGGAGACGAGAUGUUUCUGGACGCACAUCCACGAGUCCUGUUUUCACCCUCCCCGUCGCCUCCAGAACACCCCCCUCUCCUGCUCAUGUUGGAAACUGGCCUGCUAGAGGAGGACAGGGACAGAGAGGAGCAGGAGGACAUGGACGGACACAUUGAGGGUCAUGGGGACCGGGCGAUCGACAGGAGCACGACUCUGAGUUGGGCAGACUCUUCCAGAGUUACCAUUGAGGCUGCCCGUCCGCUUAAAAGAGAUAAACGCUCACACUUGAUUGACAGAAGGAGAGGGGAAAAGUCGGUGUGCGAGAUGGAAAGUGUUUGGGUUACAGACAAAACGACUGCCAUCGAUUCCUACGGCCGCAAUGUCACCAUCUUGCAGGAAAUCCAGACCCAGACUGGACCACUCAAACAGUACUUCUAUGAGACUCGCUGCCGCCAGCCCGAGCAGCGGAGCAGUACUAGCAGGUCAAAGGGUGCCAGCGCAGUCGUGAAAUCUUCGGAAACGGGGGUAGCCGGGGCAGGCUGCUUGGGCGUAGAUAAAAAACAGUGGGUGAGUCAGUGCAAAUCCAAGCAGUCGUACGUCCGAGCGCUCACCAAAGACGCAAACAACAGAACUGGAUGGAGGUGGAUCCGAAUCGACUCGUCCUGCGUCUGUGUACUGCUGUCCAGAACAAGUCAGGCAGUGGGGAAGGAGGUCUUGACGGGGAAGGGAAAAGGCUGAGAGAGAGAGAGAAAGGGGAGGGGGGAGACAGAGAGAAAUGGCAAGAAGUAGAAAGUGACGCAGAGCAGAGCAGCUGUGACAUCCUUCUGUGUGCACUUUCACUUGCCGGUGGUGUUUCUUCUCUCUUUCCGAUCCCUCCUUGCACCUUCAACAAAUGACUUUUGAAAAAAACAAGAAGACCUCAAUACUAGAUCUUAGGGAAAAUAUAGAGCUUUUACUUUAAAAAGUACUGUUUUUUUGUAUGAUUUAUCUUUCAUAAUCUAAGUUAUUUUUGAUUAGUAUGUAAGCAUGUGUAUGUCUUUGAUAUUAAUAUAUUCCUUUAUAUAUGUGUACAAUAUGACACCAGUAUACCUUGACUGUACGUAUGAAGCUAUGUAUAUCUGUGUGUAUUUAUAGAAGAAGUCUUCAUGGAGUGGUAAGUCUCUCCAGUGACUGAUGAUAAUUCCAGCCUCUUGUAUGCACGGGUUGUGAGAGGAAGGAGCGCCACCUACUGAGGCUCCAUUUUACCGCUCCACUCUGUUCCCAUGUGGAUCACCAUCAAUAUUGUAACAGUGCUUUUAGCAACUGAGUCUGAUGUGUAAAAAUGUAUUGGUACAGAAACUACAGCAUGGUCACACUUUAGCAUGAUUUCACUCAGGCUGAUGAUUCGACCGUUUUGUGGCAGGAUACAUCUCUCAGUGGAACUUGUCAAAUGUGGUUCAUGAAUGUAAAACCAUGUGGUUUGUAAAUUAUAUGACAUCUAAACAAUCAAAUUUUCCCAUCUGCUGGUUUUGUUCAGUUAGCCUGCCAUAUGUGGUAAUAAAGGAUCUUUGUACUCUGCAGAUUCUUAACUGAUAUAAAUAACAGAAUUGAAUAAUCAA